AUGCGAGGAGAGGGCAUGGAUUACGUUGCGCUGCCCAAAAUCGAGGUAGGGCCGAUUUCUUUACCCCGCGAUAAGCUUCAUGCCCACCUCACGGGGAGCGUCUCGCGACGCACACUCCACGAUAUUUGGCGACGCAAAAAAGACGCUGGCGAGACUGACCUUCAAGAUCCCAUGGAAGUGAUGCCCGAGGGCAAACACAACUACAGUGUGCAGGCCUUCUUCCCGUUGUUUAGCAGCUACAUCUACAACCUCCUCACCGACGCCGCGUCCAUUACCGAGGCCACCACGGCCGUGCUGCACGACUUUUGCGCCGACGGCGUCGUCUACGCAGAGCUACGCACCACGCCGCGCGCCACGCCGUCGCUCACCCCGGAAGCCUACGUGCGCACCAUCCUCGCCGCCAUUGCCGCCUUCAACCUUGCGCCCCCCCACCCGCACCGAAUGCGCACGCGUCUCAUCCUCUCCGUGGACCGCCGCCACGACGCCGCGACCGCGCUGUCGAUCACGCGACUCGCCGCCGCGCUGCGCCCGCUCGGCGUCGUCGGCGUCGACCUCUGCGGGGACCCGCAGGCCAAGCCCGACGGCGGAGUGCGCGUCUUCUCCCCGGCGUUUGAGGGCGCGCGGGACGCGGGGCUCGGCGUCACGGUGCACUUUGCCGAGGCGCGCGCGGCGGCGUCGCGCGAGGAGCUCGACGUGCUGCUCGGGUGGCGGCCGCGCCGCCUCGGCCAUGUCAUUUGGGAGGACGACGAGGCGAAGCGCGAGAUUGUCCGGCGCGGGCUCUGUCUGGAGCUGUGCCUGUCGUGCAAUGUGUUGGCGGAGAUGGUGGAGGGGGGGUUUGCUGGACACCACUUUGGGUACUGGCGAGGCGUGGACGGGCCCUCGAUUUCACUUGCGACUGAUGAUGUAGGCGUGUUUGGAAGCCCGCUGUCUAAAGAGUACGAGAUUGCGGCGCGGCACUUCAAUCUAGACAGGGAGGCGAUAUGCAGUCUGGCUCGCGAGGCCAUUGACUCGACGUUUGGCAGUGACGAGGAUAAAGAGUGGCUUCGAUCAGUCAUGUGGACGUCGUAA